CAUCAUUAGUAUCAUAGCUGCAAUACGAACCAGCUACCGCACUACACGCAACCUCCUCAAUCCCCCCAGCAAUGGUCCUCUCCUUCAUCCUAAUCCAAAACCGCCAGGGAAAAACCCGCCUAGCAAAGUGGUACGCCCCAUACGAUGACGAAGAAAAGGUCAAACUGAAAGGCGAAGUCCACCGCCUCGUCGCCCCCCGCGACCAAAAGAAUCAAAGCAACUUCGUGGAGUUCCGCAAUAAUAAGAUCGUUUACCGCCGCUACGCUGGCCUCUUCUUCUGCGUGUGCGUCGACGCGAACGAUAACGAGCUCGCGUAUCUGGAGGCCAUACAUUUCUUCGUGGAGGUGCUUGAUGCGUUUUUUGGGAACGUGUGCGAGUUGGAUCUUGUUUUUAACUUUUAUAAGGUCUAUGCGAUACUUGAUGAAGUCUUUCUGGCGGGUGAGAUUGAGGAGACAUCGAAACAGGUUGUGCUUACGAGGUUGGAGCACCUGGAUAAGUUGGAGUAGGGAGGUGGGUGGUGGGGAUCUGUGUGGGGAUUGGGGACGGAUAGUGGGAGGUAAAAUGUAAUCUUUUCGGGCGAUUCUUGUGCCUUUCUUUCUUUCUUUCUCAUUCUUAUCAGGGUAAUAGAUGGAUAGGUGGGCGGGAUACCACGAGAGUAAUAGAUAUAGGUGCUAUGGGUAUCCUAUAAAGGACC